AUGAAGUUUGAUUUCCCUGAUGAGGACAUCCUAUUCAUAAGGGAUUGCAAUAUUCCUAGCCCCGAACCAGGAUCGCGAUGGACGCCCGCGUUCGAUAAUGCUUCCAAUGCACGAGGCCAUGGAGUAGGUGCAAUCAUUACUUCACCAACAGGAUUUCAUCUUCCAUUUACCGCGAGAUUAUGCUUUGGUUGUACCAAUAAUAUGGCAGAGUACGAAGCAUGCAUAUUUGGUAUCGAAGCGACGAUCGAUUUAAGGAUCAAAAUACUUGAGGUUUAUGGGGACUCAACUCUCAUCAUCAGUCAAGUACGGAGAGACUUGGAAACCCGCGAUCAGAAGUUGAUUCCUUACAAGGAACAUGUCUUGAAAUUAAUCCCUUACUUUGAUGAAAUCUCUUUUCAUCAUAUUCCAAGGGAAAAAAAUCAAUUAGCAGACGCUCUUGCUACCUUAGCGUCCAUGUUAAAGAUCACAUGGAAGAAUGAGGCUCCCUCUAUCAAUAUUGAUCACCUGGACGAGCCUGCAUACUGUCUGGCUACCGAGGAAGAGUCAGAUGGAAAAUGCAUCAAUCAUAGACAAGAAAGCUUUGAGAAAGCUCUCAUCUAA